GAAGACUUCUCUUUGACAUACAUAUAAGGCCGAACCCUUGACCACUUUUCACAAAAUGGAUUCCCGGGCAUCCUUGGCGUCCCAGGAAUCAACAACACAAAUCAACAUGAUCAGUCCCAGAAAACGCCCGUUGCACACUUGUGCGGUUUCAUUUUCAUUGGUAGCUCAUAGAGCCUUCACCAUAGCCCAAGGUCUCAAUGGACCGCUAGGGUUCAUAAUAAAAAUUGCAGCCAGACUAAUCACGUUGGCCGGACCCUUGGCUUAUGCCUUGAAAUACCAAUGGGUCACAAUGACAAUCCUCUCAUUCAUCGACGGUCGAAUUUUAGCCCUUGAAGGCAUGAUCGAGAGAUUUUACCCUCCUUCACACAUUGUGUUCGAUAAGAUCGACGACCUUGUCCAAGUCACCGAAUCCCUGCCUGGAAAAUUCGACAAUGCUGUUAGCAAAAUCCCUGCACAUUUCCAUCGCAUUUCAUUUUUCGAUUGGACGUUGGUUCGUGCCAUUUGGCUGCUGAAUUUUGUUGUGGCUACAUUGACUAAUUACUGGAGAAAGCCAAAGGGUACGAGGGAGAAGGAGAUUGAGGUUGAUACAAGCAGCAAUAUUGAUCGCAACUGCGAACCAGAACCAGGUUCGGUUCAUGAAGCCGACCGGUCUACACCAAAUUAUAAUAAGAUUAAUAAGGGUAAUAAUUUCUCUUCUCCGCGUAAAGCUGUUACUUACAAGGACGUGCUUCUACAGAAGGGAACAAAUAAAGGAGGGAUUGGGAAAAAAGAAGAGAAUAAGGUUAGUAACAGGGAAGAAGUGGAGAGUAGUGUUGCUGAUGACGAUGAAAGUGAAACCAACUCUAGGGAUGAUCUCAUCGAAUUGUUCGAAUCGUCGUGGCUUAUGACAUCGCCGGGAAAAAAUGAUGAAAAUUACGCGCCACGUUCUGUUUCAUUCGCUUUUUAGCAAAAGUAGCAAGAAUUUAAUCACUCUUCCAUGAAUAACAAAAAAUAUGCAAAACGAAUGUUGUUCUUCAAAAAGGGUAUAUUUUUGCUAGUUUUGUUAAUGUGAAACAUUAAAGUAAUUUUUAAUGUUUUAGAAGGUAAAAUAUAUAGAUACGAAAAUGGCAGUGUGGUUUGGCUGUCCAAAUCUAUAAACCUUGGGAGUGAGUAGGAUUUCUUGUGUUAUGGUAGAGAACCGAGCAUCAGUUGGUUCUGUACUUUUAGUUUUGGCAAUAUCAAGAAAUGCAAUGGUUGUAAAUAAAAUGUUACAUUGUUGUGGAAUUCACAAAAUCCAGUGCGCUCUCA